AUGCAAAGUUUUGAAAAGUAUUAUAACCUUUAUCUCAAAACUAAUAUAGUUUUACUUGCUGAUAUUUUUAUAAACUACACUAUCAUGUGCUUAAAAGAUGAUAGCUUAGAUUCUUCUUAUUAUGUAUCUGUAUCAAGAUUGUUUAAUAAUUCUUUAUACAAAAGUAGUAGAGCUGAACUUAAGCUUAUAACAGAUAUGGAUGAGUACUUAAUAGUUAAGAAGAGUAUUUGUAAAGAAAUAACAAUAACAAAUAUAAAUGCCUUAUAUUCAAGUGUGAUGACUCAAUAUAUAUCUACAAAAAUUCCAAAUAAAGUAAAUUCAAAGAAAGUAUCAAAUAUUCAAAAUAUUGCAUCAAAUGCAAAAAUAAGGUAUAUACUUAAAGUUGAUCUAGAAGCCUUAGUACAUUUGCACAAUUACUUUGCAGAUUAUCUUUUAGUAUUAGAAAAGCAGAUAGUAUCAGAAAACUGA